AAUUUUCAAUUCCACUUCCAUGAAAACGACCCCCACACUGUACCAUUCUCACACCAUUAAAAGCAUACCAUUUCACCAUUAUUUUGUAACCCAUUCUCCUAAAAGAUAAAUUCUUGAAGAAAAAAAAAAAUCACUCUUCUCUUUUUCUUAGUUCUACAUAGAUCCUCCAAAAUUAAUGGCUAAAGAUGGAAGCAAUUCCCUUUUUUCUCCAUACAAGAUGGGAAAGUUUAAUCUUUCCCACAGGGUUGUAUUGGCUCCGAUGACAAGGUGUAGAGCACUGAACAGUAUUCCACAAGUGGCACUGGCUGACUAUUACGGGCAGAGAGCAACAGAUGGUGGAUUUCUCAUAACUGAAGGCACUAUGAUUUCUCCUAGUUCUGCUGGGUUUCCGCAUGUGCCGGGGAUUUUCACAAAUGAGCAAGUAGAGGCAUGGAAGAAAAUAGUUGAUGUAGUGCAUGCAAAGGGUUCUGUCAUAUUUUGUCAGCUAUGGCAUGUUGGUCGUGCAUCUCAUGAAGUGUAUCAACCUGGUGGAGCUGCACCAAUAUCAUCCACUGAGAAGCCAAUAUCAAAGAGGUGGAGAAUACUGAUGCCAGAUGGAACUUAUGGGAUUUAUCCAAAACCAAGAUCUCUUGAAACUUAUGAGAUCUCACAAGUAGUUGACGAUUAUCGCAAGGCAGCCUUGAAUGCUAUUGAAGCAGGUUUUGAUGGUAUUGAAAUCCAUGGAGCUCAUGGUUACUUGAUUGACCAAUUCUUGAAAGACGGGAUAAAUGACCGCACAGAUGAGUAUGGUGGAUCACUAACGAACCGGUGCAAAUUCAUUACACAGGUGGUUCAAGCAAUCGUCACAGCAAUAGGUGCUGAUCGCGUAGGCGUGAGGGUUUCACCAGCAAUAGAUCAUCUCGACGCCAUGGACUCUAAUCCACUCAGUUUAGGCUUAGCAGUUGUUGAAAGACUAAACAAAAUCCAGCUCCAAUUUGGUUCCAAACUUGCCUAUCUUCAUGUGACACAGCCAAGAUAUGUUGCCUAUGGGCAAACCGAAGCAGGCAGACCUGGCAGUGAAGAGGAGGAGGCACAUUUAAUGAGGACUUUGAGAAACGCAUAUCAGGGGACGUUCAUUUGCAGUGGCGGAUACACUAGGGAGCUAGGAAUUGAGGCUGUGGCACAGGGUGAUGCUGAUCUCGUGUCAUAUGGUCGUCUUUUCAUCUCUAAUCCUGAUUUGGUAACCAGAUUGAAGCUUAAUGCACCUCUAAAUAAGUAUAAUAGGAAGACAUUCUAUACUCAAGAUCCGAUUGUGGGAUACACAGAUUACCCUUUCCUUCAAGGAAAUGGAAGCAAUGUACCGUUGUCUCGUCUGUGAGAAAAACAGUUGGAUUUUUUAUGAACUGUGAAGCCUGAUUUUGUUGGGAAUUUAUUAUUAAAGAAAGUUGUCUCCGUGUGACCUAUAGGUAUGGGUUCGAGUCGUAGAAGCAGCCACUAAUGCUUGCAUUAGGGUAGGCUAUCUAUAUCACACCCCUCGGGGUGUGGCCCUUUCCCGGAUCCUGCUAACACGGGAUGCUUUGUGCACCCUUUUUAACUUAUUAGUAAAGAAGGUAUUGUUAGUUGUAUAUGCAUCUAUUUGAGGUUGUGAAGAAGCUGAUUUUAAGGAGAAAUUUGUACAAUUAAAAGAGACGGUGUGAUCAGCUAGAUAAGCUCUAAAGUUAGUAUUCUUAUAAGCAUUGGAGUAUUGUAUUCUGUUUUAGCCUUCAAAGAAAUAUUCCAUGUAUUUUGCGGCAUGAAAGAAUAAGACUUUUUCUUUCUU